GAGCGGAACAACCUGGCAGCUGGCAACACACUCGGACAGAAGCCUGGGAAGUCGGAAUCGGCUGUGGGAAGUCCUUCCAAACAGGCUUCAAACAGAAGCCACUUCGGACGCGUUUGGGUUAUGGCCUCUCCAUGCAGUUGCCAUGCAGUCCAUGCCUGAGUCCAUGCUGCCUCCAUGAGGCAUGCUUCUUCCAACUCGACCAGCCAAACUCUCCGCCAGCUAUGGACGAAACACCAGACUCUCCCACAGGCCUUCGGGACGUCACGCCGAUAGCCCGCCUGACCGUCUCCAGCUUCAAAGAUGAUCACCCGCCGGAGCGGUUACGGGAUGGGAAUCCCGGCACGUAUUGGCAAUCAGACGGCCCGCAACCUCACUAUGUUAAUGUAGAGUUCCCGCAACGGAUGGCAUUGACGAGGAUAUCGCUCUAUAUCGACCACGCGAAAGACGAAAGCUACACCCCGAGGCAUAUCCUGAUACGCGCCGGGAACUCAUUUUACGAUAUGCAAGAUUUUCAACAGCACGAGGUUCCCGAGACGACGGGAUGGGUGGAUUUCAGCUUGUCGGAGGAUGAGGAGGUUUUCAAACCUUUGCGCGCCCACGUUCUACAACUAAGCGUUGUUGAGAAUUACCAGCACGGAAAGGAUACGCAUGUUCGGGGGUUGAAGCUAUGGGCUACGGCAGUAAGGUCGGAUAUGCUCAUGGACGAGAUGCCGCCGUUCUCCACCUACGCGUUCCAAAUGUAUUCGACAGUACGAUAACAGACAACACCGUAUAUCGGUUUUUGGGUAUAUCUAGUAUCCUCGCCGCAUAGGCAAAGUACGGAUGGGGAUAGGGUCUUUCGUUCACCUCGUGA